GCGGGGCGCGCGCGGAACCCCGGCUCCGAGCCCAGCCUCCUGCUUCGCCGAGCCCGAGCCGGCUCUGCUGACUCCAGCCCGCCGUCUGGAAGCCCCGGGGACCUUCUUGCGCGGAGCCGGGGAUCUACAAAGCCGGGGCCGCCCGGGCCGGGGUCGCGAUGCGGGUGGGUCCUGUGCGCUCCGCCGUGAGCGGCGUCCCGCAGCCCCGAGGGCCGGCGCUGCUGUUCCCGGCCGCCCGGGGCUCCCCGGCCAAACGCUUGCUGGACGCGGACGACGCGACCGCCGUGGCGACCAAGUGCCCGCGCCUCUCCUCCGACUGCUCGAGCCCCCCGGACUACCUCAGCCCCCCCGGCUCUCCCUGCAGCCCGCAGCCCCUGCCCGCCGCCCCGGGGGCCGGCGGCGGCGGCGGCGGUAGCGUGCCGGGGCCCAGCCGCAUCGCCGACUACCUGCUGCUGCCCCUGGCCGAGCGCGAGCAUGUGUCCCGGGCUCUGUGCAUCCACACCGGCCGCGAACUGCGCUGCAAGGUGUUUCCCAUUAAACACUACCAGGACAAAAUCCGGCCUUACAUCCAGCUGCCCUCCCACAGAAACAUUACUGGCAUUGUGGAAGUGAUCCUUGGGGACACGAAGGCCUAUGUGUUCUUUGAGAAGGACUUUGGGGACAUGCACUCCUACGUGCGGACCCGGAAGAGGCUGAAGGAAGAGGAGGCCGCCCGCCUCUUCAAGCAGAUCGUCUCGGCCGUUGCCCACUGUCACCAGUCCGCCAUCGUGCUGGGGGACCUGAAGCUUAGGAAAUUCGUCUUCUCCACGGAGGAGAGAACCCAGCUCAGACUGGAAAGUCUGGAAGACACACAUAUCAUCAAGGGUGAAGAUGAUGCUUUGUCUGAUAAGCAUGGUUGCCCAGCCUACGUGAGCCCCGAGAUUCUCAACACCACAGGGACUUACUCCGGAAAGGCGGCGGACGUUUGGAGUCUAGGGGUGAUGCUCUACACCCUUUUGGUGGGACGAUAUCCCUUCCAUGACUCAGACCCCAGUGCUCUUUUCUCCAAAAUCCGCCGUGGACAGUUCUGCAUUCCUGAGCACAUCUCCCCCAAAGCCAGGUGCCUCAUCCGCAGCCUCCUGAGACGCGAGCCCUCCGAGAGACUUACCGCCCCUGAAAUCCUGCUUCAUCCCUGGUUCCAGUCUGUCCUGGAACAAGGCCACGUGGACUCAGAGAUGGGAAUCUCAGACCAGAUUGUCCCAGAGUACCAGGAGGACAGUGACAUUAGUUCCUUCUUCUGUUGAUCCCUCCCCCACCCCAACCUCAGAAACCUCAGUUCUCACACAUGGCAUUGCCAUUGCUGAAGAUGGACAGGCCUCUCGGGGCAUGGUGGUGGUAGUUGCUACCACCCUGUCGGUGACUGCACCAAGACCAUCACGGGAGAACCCAGUGUGGCGCCUCUUGUUGCCGUUUGGGCUGAGGGAGUCACUCGAGUGCUGCCUGGGAACGAGCUCCGCUUCGUGAGGAACCGUGGCUGGGCUGCUCUUUCGGGCUUGAGGACGCUGAAGAGCACAGUCACCCUGCACCGAGGUCAAGUGUUAGGAGUGUGACAUGAGACUGGGAAAGGAAGUCAAUCCUAUUAUGGCAUUUUUUGAGGGGGGUGGUGGUGGCAGUAACCAACCCCAUUUUAACAGAAUGACAAGUAAUUUGGGCCAAUUAACUUGCUGCCGUCUUUGAGCUUGUCUUUGGUAGCUGGACUUGGCUACCACAAUUUUCUGAUCAGAAAGUUUUUUUUGUUUUCUUUUUUGGUUUGCUUUAACACUCAUUGUUGCUCCAAUGACUCUGCUCCGUUGUUAGGAGUGUAAGAGCCUGCCUGAACCCGGAACCCCGUACCCAGACUGUUCUCCCAGAUUUCUGCCAAGAGCUCAUAUGCAAUAAUGCCUUUCUUCUGACCUUGAAAACGUGACCCCCCUCCCCUCCUCAGCUCACCAUGGAAAAGUGUCAAGAGAUUCCCCAUGUGGUGAUCUCAGAACUCUUGAGCACAGAGACUGCACUUGGCAUUUGUUUUGGUUUUUUAAAUAAUUUGAUCACUUGAAAACUGUUGCUUUUUAGGUUCCUCUCCAGUGUGCUACCAUUUUAUCCUAUACUUCUUUUCCCCAAGAAUAUCUCAGGGUGGAACGUUUUGUCUAGAAAGAGAAAGAUAAGCAGACUCCCUAGCCUGGCUCUCACGGGAGCAAAUGUGAAACAUCUUUGUUCUUGGAUGAAAGUGGACUUGGGAGUCUUAAGUCUCGAGUGAUCCAGGAUCAGCCCUCCCCCACCCCCCUCACCCCUACCCCGAGAUACUGGUCUGCCCCUGGCAUUCUACUUGGGGCUCCAGCUUUUUGCAUGGUGGGUGUGGGGAAUUUCCCAUGUGGUGUGGUUUGUGAACGCAUCCACCUUGCCAGCAGCCAGAGUGACAGAGGAGCUGCGAUUUUAUUUAAGUCCGAAGAAACUUCAAAAAUGAUCCUCUCCCAACUUUGUUGUGGUUGUCCUCGUUGCUGCCACCUGGGCAGAAAUUCCUUUCCAGCCUCUGCUUGAAUGUCUCCAGAGGUGUAUUCACUCCCCACACAAGUCAAACUUCUCGGAAGAAACUGCAGAUGGCUUUAAAAACACAAGUUACUGAUUAAAAAACAAAACAAAACAGAAAAACAACCAACCCAAACCGAUCUCAGUCGCUGUCUGGCACAGGGCUGGCAUCGCAUGGUUAAGCGGGUAGAGAAAACAUCCUGUAUUUUGAGAAAUGGCACAAAACCAGGCAGGUUUCUUCAAGGGCUAUCCCAAGGCAAACUACUAACAUGCAUUGUAAGAAUGCCGUGUAUACCUCACGUACUGUGUACUUUGUACAGAUAUUUUACCUUUUAUACAGAUAUGCGAUUGUUUUUGUCGUGUGACUGAAGCUUGUGGUGUCGACUGUGUGUGUUGUGUCUGAAUCGCCUGCAUGUCCCGAACCACGUGAACUGUGAACGGCGGCUGGCAUUGUUAUCUUGAUGGGAUCCUGGGGCUUGGAGGAGGGAGGCCUGAGGCCCCCCUGUGGUUGCUUGACACCUGUGUCUGUGGAUUCAAUAUCCAGCCGAGGACUCCGGGCUGGCAGGGGCUUCUGCCGGGACUGCUAGAAACACUAGAUCUUUCUGUAUGUGUGUGACCAGUGAGGCGGCUGUUGCUGACUUCUAGAGAAAUUUUAAUAAAUCUGGUUUCGUAAA